AACCCUAAGGGAGGGAGGGAGGAGCAGAGAGAGCAGUAGAGAUCGUCGUCGUCGUCGUCGUCGUCCGAAGAUAUGUCGAACAACUCCAAAGAAGAGCCCAAAACCGCACCGAUGCCACAUUGCUGGUACGAUCUCGUCCUGGGUCCCUCUUUCAAGGACGAUUCCUCCAACAAGUUCUGCACUCUGCGAUAUGAAUUCAAGCCUGCUUCAAUCGACAAGAACAGAUCAGGGACACUGCAUAAGAACAAGGAUCAAAGAGUUUCAGUAGAAUUCCAAAACAACCAACCGGGAAAACCAAAGGUGACAUUCGAAGGUAGCAGUGAGGAUUACAAAGAGAACGAUGCAGUGCUCUUUUUCGAUGGGGAGACAUUCCGAUUGGAGAGACUGCAUCGAGCUGUGAAGCAGCUUCGGCAUCUUAGAAUGGCUGGUGAAUCCGCCUCAUCGGUAUCCAUGGAUCCCCGAUUAUCUCCUGUGGUGGGUCGGGGAGGGGCAAAGCCCUCAAAUUUGGAUCGAAGCUUGCAUCCUCCCAUGCCGGUUGAGGUUGAAAGAAUCGAGAUCGGUCCAAAGUCCAAUGGAAAAGAGAUCGCAUCAGCAGAAGAACCCGUCGGCCCAGAAGAGGCAGGAAACGUGUCUGCUAAUGUCUCACCUGGCAGCGAAAAGAACGAGGACGGGGAUGAGCAUAUGGAGAUAGAUCUGGUCGAUAUUUUCGGGGCACUUACCCCAGAGAAUGACAAGGCGGGUGACGGGAAUGACGAGAUGAACGUGGAAGAGGAGAUUGCAGAUAUGGACGACGACACGUCCGGGUAUCUACAAACCGGAAAGCCAACCAACACCCUAAAGCCAUCACAAACACUCACAUCAAAUACCAAUGCCGAGGAGCAGAGGAAGGGAAGAAGCUCGAGCUCGAGCUCGAGCAGCGAAAGCAGUAGCGAAAGCGAAAGCAGUAGCAGUAGUGGUAGAAGUCGAAGCAGUAAUGGCGAGGAAGUAGACGAAGACGAUGAAGUUAACUCAAUCUGAUGCAACCAAACAAUGGUACCUCUUCCAAGAGCUUCAAACCUCAUAAAGGUACAUACUUUACAUGUUUUUUUUUUAUUAUGAAGAAGUGAAACUUCGUUUGAGAUAUUUGCAAAUCUUUUUCUGGAAGAAGAAGAAGAAAACAUUAUAGAGAUGUAUUUGAGAGUCCAUUAUAAGUUCCAAUUGCUUUGGCUCAAAUAAGUCUAUGAUUUAUAUCACUCUGGAUUUCUGUUGUAAUCAAAUGUGUAUAUAUUUCUA